AUGCUGUUUAACACUGCCACCAUCACUGCUGUCGCAGCCCUCCUCACCCAAACCGUUACGGCGGACUUCCAUAUGUACAAGGUUAAUAUUGCUGGUAGAGUAGGAUGGUCAGUCUACGAUCCAUCUGCAGGUGCUGCCGAUUGUUCUCAUGCUAGCCGCGAGGUUUGUCCAGAGAAGGGUGAUGAUGUUAGUGGAUCCGGCGUUCGAUGUAAAGGGGCUUGUAAAGACUAUGAACCUGGAAAUCAGAUGACCCAGAUCGAGAUGAACACUGGUUCUUUGUACGGAGAGCAUUUCACCUUCUACCAAGACCGCAACAAUGGUCUCUAUGACACCAACAACAAUCGAAUCGGCGAUUGCGCCCCUGGAGAUAACGCCCGGUUUGACUGCGGACGUACCGUCAUUGGAAGUAGGAAGUUGACCUGCUACUCCUAUCUCACUGCGGACAGAAUCAACUCAGCAUACAGAGGGUAG